AUGAGCCCAACAGUCACAUUGCUAUACGCCAUUGGGCUGCAUAUGGAAGGAGUGAUUAGGGCACAGAUGGGCACUCUUACCAGACCAACCCUAUUGGCUGUCCCGAGUCCUUUGGUCUCGUAUGGAGGAAAUGUGACCCUCAGGUGUGAGAGCCAAGUGCACAGUGGCAGGUUCCAGCUAUGGAAGGAUGCAGAGCUCAUAGAGGAGAGAAAGGCAUUCCAGGGGCUGGCACAGUUCAUGCUCAAGAAUGUGGACAAAAUGAUUAUUAAAGGAAGCUACAGCUGCCGCUACAGCCUGGGGACCUCAUGGUCAGAGCCCAGUAAACCCCUGUUCCUGGUGCUGGAAGAACUACUCCCUAAACCCAUUCUAUGGGCCCAGCCAGGCCCAGUGGUGGCUCCAGGAACCAACAUCACUCUCUGGUGCUCAAGACCCAAGGUGUCUUCUGUUAAAAAACGGACAUUCACUCUGUGGAAGAAUAAAACUCAGCCGCCCUUACAAAAGCAGCUCUCAGCAGAGUCCCAGACUGGUUUCUUCCUCUCUUCCGUGAGCCCCGAGGAUACUGGGAGCUAUAAGUGUACUUAUAUGGAACAUAGUGGCUUUACUAGAGGCUCAAAGAUGAGCGAUGCCCUGGAGUUGGUGGUUCCAGAUUCCUUCCCCAAGGCUUCCCUCUCAGUCCAGCCUAGCCCAGAGGUGGCCUCAGGAACCAACGUGACCCUCCAGUGUCAUGGCCCCUCUUGGAGUACUGGGUUUCUUCUGUACAAGGAGGGAGAUGACAAAAUCCUUCAAGGCACAGAUAUCAUUCAAAAUGGAGCCCAAUUCCUCUUGAUUCAUGUGACCCCCAAGCACUCUGGCAUUUACACAUGCAGCUACCAGCCCAGCACCAAAGGCAGUCAAUGGACACAGCACAGUGACCCUCUGGAGCUAAUUGUGAGAGCCCCAGCUUUAGUGCUCAGAAGCAACAUCAUCACCCUCAGUUUUGUCUCCAUCCUCUUCCUCUGUGUUCCUCUGUUGACAUUCCUCUGCUAUUCAUCCAGCCCUAUGGGAGCCUUUCUGGGAGACAGCCCUAGGAGGUGCUUCUGCUGCCCUUGUCUUCCCCAGACAGUCUCCCCCUCUCAUCAUCUUGAGGACCCCAGAGAGGAAACCCUAUAUGCAGAAGUGGCCAAUGAGAGACCAAGGGAAAGAAUAGUGACUUAA